GAAAACAGUAAUAAACUGAUAGAUAUCGACGUAUUUACCCAUCAAUCAUCAAAACACAUAAAUUUUAGUUAGUCACUUGUGUACAUAAUGUACAAAAAUAUAGGUACUUCGCCUAAUUGCAUACACAAAUAUUAGUGUUAUUGAAUCAACUCAUACCAAUUUUUAAUUUGAUAAGGUGCUAGGCAUGUACCUUAGUACUAUGUAUUAAAACAGUGGCAACAAAUUGUAUUAAUCCAUUCAUCGAGAGUUCCAUCAAACUUUUAAUUAUAGUAAUGGAAUUUUUAUUUUAUUAAACAAUGUAACUUGGUGCUAGCAAAAACUUCAGUACAAUAUCAGCCUUGGCAUAUUCAAAAACGUACGCUCUUCAUGCGCUUUCGCUAAGCGAAAUGGCUAAAGAAAAGUUCAUCGAUCCAAAGUUAGAAAACGCGCGAGUGUACAAGAAGGCGUUGUGUAACGUGAUUUACUCAAUAAAACCGUUAUUAUUUAUCGAAUAUCUCUAUGGGAUAUACAGAUUUUACUUCACCCGUGGAGAACUACGGCUAUGUAAUCGGAAAAUGAAAACCUACAGCGUUUUAACGAUCCUUAGCUUUCUCAUUACUGUCUUCGCUUCCAUAGACUUCCCGACGCUAGUGUCUGGCACGGCCAAGUCCGUGGUCGUAAUGGAAGAGGUUCCCGUGUUCGUGGUCCUUGUCCAGUACACCACAUCAACAAUAACAGCUUCUUUCCUAGUCAACUCAGCCAACAUCGGCAUUUUCAAUAAGCUCGCUAAAAUAGAUGCGGUGUUGGAAGCAGAAUCAAUCAGUGACUACUACAAAAGGUCCCGCAUGGAAACGUAUGGAUUUCUAUUUGUUCUAGUUUUAUCUCACUUAAUCAAUAUCAUAAUAGAAUUAGUGACAGCAGAAGAAAUAACAGUACACGCAUUGAUUGUCCUGCCAUUAUACUUCAUACAGAAACUCGAAAUAGUGGCUUUUUGCAAGUACAUUUCUAUGGUGAAACGCAGAUUGGCAUUGAUAAAUGACCAUUUGAAAGUAUUUGUCCAAGAGCAGGAGCAAAAGAAGAAUAAGACAAUAUUUAGUGUAUCGAAAAAUAAACCUGAUUCUAAAGAGAAUAUUGAAAUUAACUUUAUUGGUCGAGCUGUAGAUGGCAAUACCAAAAUACGGGAUCUAGCAUCGAUGUACGACGUAAUUGGGAGGAUUUGUUCCGUGAUCAAUGAAGUGUUUAACUUCCAAAUAUUUAUGACGCUUGUUUCAACCUUUACUUACGUGGUAAUAACGAUAUGGUCAUCGUUGUACUACUAUCGUACGCCAGCAAGUAAUUCAGGGGAGUUGAUAAACACAGCGAUUUGGUGUUUCAGCGCGAUCUACACUGUUGGUGUCAUGUCGUUGGCUUGUGAACGAUUGCUCUUAGUACGUAAUCAGACUAGAGUACUAGUAAACAAGAUAAUAAUGAACUACGAUCUGCCGAACUCAAUGAGGGUGCAGGCUAAAGCGUUCAUGGAGCUGGUUGAGGCUUGGUCGCUACGCAUUUACAUUUACGACUUAUUUUCAGUCGACAUAACUUUGAUGUUGAAGUUCAUUAGCGUUGCUACCACAUACUUGAUUGUUAUUAUUCAAAUCUCACAUUUUGUUUAAAUAAUCUACUGUUAUUUCUGCACUUUAGUUAUGGGAUUUAGCAAUCGUAUUUAUAAUGAUAGCUUCUUUAAUAAAGGGUGGAGA